UUCGUACCUUUGCUUAAGUCUGAUUUAGCGAGGAGUGUGGGUGCAGACUUAAUGCUUACAGGUGUGUGGAUUUAUUUAUUUAUUUAUUUUUCCCUUAAGGAGUAGCUACUGCAGCCAUGGGCGUGUCUGAACACAAGUCUGCGCCAUCCAUCUCACCAUGGUCAGCCUGCUGAGCGGGGCCAACAAAGGAACCGGUGCCCAGUCAACAAGGACUAACUCUCCCCGUAGAUGCCAGUUACUGCCUUAACCUCUGCAGGACUGAAUAAAAAACAUUACAGGUUAAAUUCUGCAUCGUGAAAGCAAAGGAGCCAUGUGUCUGUUGCAAUACCUCAGUAUCUUUUGGAUUCUCCACUCGGCCUUGGUGGUGGAAGGAGAGUCACCGCUGAGCUGCAUCCCUCGUAGGACCGUGCCCCAUCACAGGGACAAUGGUUACCUGUUUCGUGAGGAAGGGGUAUCGAACUACUCCACCAUGCUGCUGAGAGAAGACCUUGGCCUGUUAGUGCUGGGCGCCAGGGGGUCCAUCUACGCUCUUGACCUCGGCAACAUCUCCCACAAAAAGGCCUCAGUGAAGUGGGAUGUGACGGAUCAGCAAGCAAAAGAGUGUGAAAACAAAGGGAAAGAUCCUCAGAGUCACUGCAAGAACUACAUAAGGACCCUGCAUACGAUGGAGGACGGCAGGAUGUAUGUAUGUGGAACCAAUGCCUUUGAUCCAGAGUGCGAUUACAUGUCGUAUGCAGACGGAAAGCUGACUCUUGAGAAAAAAGCAGAGGAUGGGAAGGGGAAGUGUCCAUUUGAUCCCUUCCAGAGAUAUGCCUCCAUUAUGGUUGGUGAUGACCUGUAUUCUGCCACUUCAAUGAACUUCCUGGGCUCCGAGCCUGUGGUGAUACGCAACCCUGCCGGCAUACGCACCGAGUUCAAGGCCAGCUGGCUGCAAGAUCCCAACUUUGUCUCCAUGGCCCAGAUGCCAGAGAGCGACGACAGCAAUGAGGGAGAUGAUGACAAAGUGUACUUGUUCUUCAGCGAGACGGCGGUGGACUACGACUUCUACACCAGACUGGUGGUUUCUCGUGUGGCCCGUGUCUGCAAGGGGGACAUGGGAGGUCAGAGGACCUUGCAGAAGAAGUGGACUUCCUUCCUGAAGGCCAUGGUGGACUGUCCUGUGCUGGAGUUCCAGCUGCCCUUCAUCAUCCAGGACACUUUCCUGUGGUGCGAGCCGCAGCAGCCCUGGAAGAGCUGCCUGUUCUUCGCCGUCUUCACACCACAGUCAAUGGCUCUUCCGCUGUCUGCAGUGUGUGUUUACUCGGUGUCAGACAUGAGCAAAGUGUUCUCAGAGGGGAAGUACAAGACGCCAGAGCCUGUGAAAACCUCUUUUGUCAAGUGGGUGAUGUACAGCGGAGAUGUGCCCUCCCCCCGGCCCGGAGCUUGCAUAGACAAUGCGGCUCGUAAGUUGGGAAUUACUCAGACUCUGGACCUGCCAGAUCGGACGCUUCAGUUCAUUAGAGACAGUCCCCUCAUGGACCAGGUGAUCUUGCCAAAAGACGGGAAGCCCCUUCUGGUGUGGAGGGGAGCUGCAUUCACACGCAUCGUAGUAAACCAAGUGCAGGCUGCCGAUGGGGAAAAGUACCACGUGAUGUUCAUAGGCACAGAGGACGGCACCAUGCUGAAAGCUGUGAACUACGAUGGAGAGAUGUUCAUCAUAGAGGAAGUGCAGCUCUUCCAGCCCCCCGAGCCAAUCAAAGUCCUCAAAUUCUCUAAUGUCACGGGUCAUCUGUAUGCAGGUUCAGAGUUUGGGGCAGUCCAGAUACCACCAGCAAACUGUUCAAGGUCUUUAUCCUGUAUGGACUGUGUUUUAGCCAGAGACCCGUACUGUGGCUGGGACAAAACUACUGCCAAAUGUACUGCCGUCUCUGAUGCACAAAGGGAACUGAUACAGAGUGUGAAACAAGGAGAUACCUCUCUCUGCCCACAUCCUGCCCCAGUGAAGCCUGUGAAUCAGUCCAUGGAGGUGGGUGGCAACCUGAAGCUUCACUGCUCGCCUCCCUCCAACCUGGCAAAGAUAAGGUGGGAGCACAACACGCUCCCCCUGUCCCCAUCAACUCGUUUUCUGUUCCUACAUGAUGGGCUGCUCAUCUUCAACGCCUCAUUUGCUGACGCCGGUCGGUACCGCUGUCUGUCUGUCGAGCGCUCCAACACUGACAAUUACACCACUACUGUGGCUGAGUACCAGGUCUGCAGGGACUCGUGCGCCGGCAGUGGGCAGGGAAAAGCAUUGUUACCCGAGGCCCAGAGAGGAGGCCCGUCUGUGGUUGGACUGCAGGCUGUGGUGGGGCUCCUGGUGGUUCUUCUCGCUGCUCUUCUGGCCUGGAACCUGUGGAAAGGCCACCUGCCUGUGCCCUGGAGGUGCAACGAUAAGAGUGGAGCGGGACAAGGGGCAAACCAGGCACUGUCACAACAGGGGGGUCACAACUCCAGCGUGACCCAACAGCAGACGGAGAAUAAGCCCCUGGUGUCUGGAGCAGACAACGGCAGAAGUAACAACAACCACACUGGAGGCGAGGUGGUGUUCAGUGCUGCACAGGAUGAGAAUGUUUCUGCUAAAGUUGACCUGCCAUCUAUGAAGUACAUUGAUGACGAGUCUGAAAUCUGAAAAUUCAAGACGUACCAUCAUAUUAACAGUUCUCCACAGAAUGCUGUUAGUCUGCCUCGUGAAUGGGAAUACAUGAAAAUAACUGUUACUAGGCAGAACUAACUGGAUUCAUCUGCUCAACUGUGAUUUGAGUAUUUAAAAAAAAAAAAAAAAACUCUUUGUUUGCUCUACUUAUGUGGGGCCCACAUUUAUUUUGGAUGAGAAUAUAUAAGGUACUUGAUUUAAAGUUUGUUGAAAGACUGCAAGUUACUUUUUGAGACUGAAAAAAAACCAAAAGAUGCUGUACUUGGGAUUUUUGUGCAAGUACGAUGGACACAGACACUUGAAUUUGCUGUAGAAUAAUUGUUUUGCUUUACUUUUUUUUUUAUUGUGACAUAGGUUGUGUAAGUGUUGAUAGUUUUGAGUUUGAGUGGAGAAUGUUUCCCACCAGUCAGUGCAGAUCAUAUUGAGGACCGCUGUAAAUAGUGGUAUUUUUUUUUUACAUGGAAUUUACAUGGAUUUAUUUUUAACUCAGUGCAGU